CAGCGAUGGGAGUGAAUAUUUCUACCUGCAAGGACACUUCGGGGCACCGAGCAUUCUCGCGAAAGAAACUGUUCGAAAAAUCGGCAAUAUGGUUCGUCAACAAGCAGCAAAGAAAUCAAAGGCUGCUGUGCACGUUCAAGUGAAAAGUGGAAAAGGAGGACGAGCAGCUUUGCAACCUAAUGGAAAGCUGCAAAUCAACAUCGAGAACGCCGGAAUGAAGUCAUCCGCGGGAGUUGGAGCCGCUGCUUUAGUGACAUCCCCAUCCAGCGGAAUCGCAGCCAACAUUUUACCUUGCACUUGCUGUGUAGAUGUCGCUAUUCACGAGCACUGCGGCGACUUAGGCAUCGGGAAGUGUUCCAGGGUUCAUACUAGGGGUUGUAAAGGAGCAAUGCUCUCUUCCAUGGGGAUGACAACCCUGGUCGCAGGUUCUUUAUCAAUCCUGGCCGGAAUUUUAGGAAUUUGCGGGUCAAUUGCAUGCGCAGUACUCGCGAGGCAUUUGUCAGACCUUCACGCAGAUCGACUGAACAUGCUGUCAAGUCACUGUAUGGCACCAACGUGAUUUAGGUUCUGGGGCAAUCUGCGGCGAGAUUUCACGUCAUUAUGCCAUAUUUCGAAUUAUUUUUUGGAAUAAAUCUGAAUUUAUUUUAUCAA